UUUCUUAUUCUUGUGGAAUUUUUAUUCCAGGUGUCAGAAGACAAUUUUUUGCAUGCUCUGUUGUUGCGUUUAAGUUAAAAAUAAAUUUGCUGUUGUAGACGGUAGUUACUGUCGAGUGCCUCGUAAAGGAUGGCAACAUUCGCCGAAAAAAUGAGUACUUUCGUAACAAGAGCUAAUAUGUUCUUCACGAAGACCGAUAUGUGUGUAAUAUUUUUCGAACCUCUCCUUCCAUAUCAAAUACUUCUGCACUGGAAUUCAUACUUUAUGGCUUUCUUUGUAGUGUGCGAAAUAGGAACGACGGCGCUAAAAAUUCUUUCCCUGCCGUGCCCACCAGAUUAUCUUUACACAAACUUGUUGGUUAUAGUGUUUUUGACUAUUACCGAAACAGGAAGGCUGUACAUGGCAAUGAAAGGAAAUCUAGGGGAAGACGAUUUUAAGUCAGUUAUUUGUUCGUUAUUUUUGUGUCCAUUUUCUGUUCUUGGAACAGUUUAUUUGUUAACAUGGCAAGUUUAUGUUUUGAGACUAGAUUUUAUAAUAUGCGUCAUGGCACUCUCAAUGCAAUCUCUUGGAGCUUUGUGUGGUUUGUAUACGCUUUGGAUAAUGUACAGAGACGCUUUCUGUUGGUACUGAGAACAUAUGAUCUCCUUUAUUAUGCUGGAUUAUCCAUAUAUUACGCACAAUUCGUUCAGUACCGGGAAAAUGAAUGUGCUGAAAAGAUUUAUGCAGAAGCUACAAGCUAAAAUACAAUUGUACCCACAUACUUAGAUACAAGAAAAAUUACAGACUGUUAAUUAGUGCAGUGGGGUUGAUAACACAGAAUGUUAUUGUUAAUAUGGUCUUAGUGCUUGAACUGUGAAGUACAUGU